CGGUUAAAAUGGGAAAAAUUCAACAUGGCUGACAAUGUUUUCGGAUAAAAUUUACGACGCUGUCGUGCUUUUUCGGAGAACACGAGAUCACGGAAUAUUGUAGGUGAUGUCACAACCAAGCAGGAUUUUGCCCCAGAGUAAAGAAACUCUUCUGAAGUCGUACACGAAACGCCUGAAGGAUGAUGUAAAAUCAAUCCUGGAUAACUUCACAGAAAUUGUGAAAUCUUCUAAGGUUGAAAAUGAAACUCAAGUAUCACGGCUAACACAGUCAGCUCAGGAUCAGUAUGAAGUCAACGUCAGAGCUGCCAACAUUGUAAGGGCAGGUGAAUCACUGAUGAAGCUUGUGUCUGACAUGAAGGAGUUUCUCAUUUUGAAUGACUUUCCAUCAGUGAACGCCAGUAUCUCUGAACGAAGCAAUACAUUUCAGGAGAUGACCAAUCAAACGGAUCAGCAGCUUUUAAACCUCAAACAAGAACUUGCUCUCAAUUUAUUUGAACUUGAACAAUCAUACUAUUCAUCUAGUUACAGAUAACCUGAAUUUGUGAAUUAUUUACUGGCAUGUUACGCUGUUUUGAACUUGUCUUAAGUGCUAGUUUUGGUACUCAGUAAUACAUACUAGUUAUCCAACACUUUUGAGUAGUAUACCAUGAAUAUCCCACGAGUCACUUUUAUUUUCCUCGUAUACACACAAGCCUUUAGUGAGUGUGUAUACCAAGAAACUACUAAUCACUGACAAGUGGGAUAUUCCAUGGUAUACCACAAGAAAGUGUUGCAUUACUAUUUCAUACCAUGCCAUUGAAAAUACUCUGCCAGCUAAAUCAACAUGACAUCAUGCAGUCCACAAUGAGAGGGCUUGGUGUAUUAGUUGUACUGUCAAGUAUACAAUGGCGUUCUCUUUUAAGUUUCGGUCUCUCAACCUCUCGUUAUUUCACAAGUGAUUCUGAAGGGUACUUUAUGCUCUUUUACGAGGAGGAAUCUUAAGUAGAAGCUAGUGGAGUGGAGCCAUUCGGUGGUGCUAUAGCAAUUUUUUUUAGAGGUCAAAGGCAUGGUUUCCGGACUUUCCGCUGUUAUUUGCAUGUCGCUUCGCAGAGUUUGACACCUCUGUCAUGUGCCUAUAAUUUCUUUAGGCUCAUUUCAGUAUUGCAAAAUAUGUUUUAAGCUCUUAAAGUACUGGCGUCAUAAUACAGAGUGCCAGUAAGCAACAUGUUCACGGAAGAGAAAUAUUCCGUGAACAUGUUGCUUACUUGCACUCUGUAUUAUGACGCCUGGCCCGACUAUUUGAUUAGCUCGAUUAGAACUGUUUGCAAGUACCGAAAAUGUAGCUUCUUGACAGGUCUAAUUACCUCAUUGACUGAUUUGGUACAGGCUUAUCACCAAGGGCAGAUAGGCACAUCAAAAACAAAGUCUACAGGCUCCCCUUUCCACAUCCCGAUCACUUUGCUCUCUGAAUUCUUCUGUUUCGCGCUCACUGAAAGUUUUUCCGUCCUUGCCGAGAGCCUGUUCGCAGGCUACCUCGAAGUUCAUCAAAAAUACUCCACUGCGCGUCAUAUUUUCAAAUCUCUUC